AUGAUCUGCUCCAACCGGUCCGAAAAAACCGGUUCAAACUGGCUCGACCGUCUUCGAUCCAUUAAAGGCAUCCCAACCGGCGACAACAUUGACCUCGACUCCUUCCUCCUCAGACUCACCGCCCAUUCUCCUCAACCCCGCCCCAUUAAACCGCCCCGUCGCCGUCCCACCGUUACCCACGACCCACCGUUAACCGCCGUCCUCGCCCAGCUCUUCAAUCCUGGCGCCACCCUCUCCAUAACCUCUAAGAAAUGUCCUAGGAAGCAAACGAACCCUAAAAUCUUCAUCGCAUCUUCCUCCACCACCGUCAACAAUGCUCCCACCACCACCGGAGGCGAUGCGGUAGUUGAAGUAGAAGAUCGAGUAGUGGAAGAGAACGACUGUGAGGAAGAUUUGAAGGGUUUCACGAGAAGCGAGGUUACGGUUAUAGAUACUAGUUGCCCAGUGUGGAAGGUUGAUAAAUUGGUUUUCAGAAAGAAUAGCGUUUGGAAAGUCAGAGAAAGGAAAUCGAAGACCAAGUUUUUCACAAAGAAGAAGAGUAAAACUACUCAUGAUCUUGAUAUCCAUGAAACUGGGAACUCCAAGGAUAAUGUAGUCAACAUGGGAGGAGCGAAGCCUGUAAAGAAACUGAAGGUGAUCAAUGCCUAA